AUGCAUAAGACAUUUAAUAAUACUGUUAAGGAGCAUGCCACCAAAAAUUUCAACGGUGUAAAUUAUAAUUUAAAGGAAAAGACAUGUAAUAAUGGUGACGACAAAUGCAAAAAUGAAUUAGAAAAUAAAAAUAUAUAUAAUGAAAAAUCCACAAUCAAUGAAAAUAAGGUACCAUAUUUGAAGAAUGGAAACAAUGAAAAUGAAAUUUUAAACAAUAUAUUGAUAUCCGAAAGCGUUCUUGAUAGUUCUAAAGAAGUUUGUGAAUUUAUUGUUAUGAAAAACAAUUAUUUUAAAAACUUUUGUGCAAUGACACAUUUAUACAAAGAUAUACUAAAAUUAAAAAACACAAGCAGUAAAUUAUAUGAUGAUGUUACAAAUGUUUCAUAUGAAAAUGAAGAAGUAUCUGAAUCCAAAGUUUUAAAAAAUGAUGGCGAUAAAAAAAUUGUUAUUGAAAAUGAUGCUCAUCAUCCUAAAAUUUCCAUAUUAUAUAUGUUUGAAAAAUUAUGUGUUGGUGGUAUUCCAUUAGCUUGUGCUAAUAUAUUAAAAGUAGAUAAUGCUCUUGAUAUCAACCAAUAUGAUAACCAAAUAAAUGACAUAGAAUUGAACGAUAUUAACAAUAUAGAAAAUGAUUUAAUUGGUUCAGAAUAUUCAAAAAAUAAAUUUGUAGAAAAUGUGUCAGAUUUGACCGAAUAA